ACAGAGACAGACUUGGACAAACAGGGAUUCAAGACAGACAGAUAGUAACAGGGCUAGGAGGGUGCAGGGAGAGGAAGGGAGAUCGGGUGAAGGGCUCUGUGCUACAGAAGGACUAACGAUGGUGUGAGUCAAUCAGCAGAGUCCUACUGAACUCAAGGGGAGUACGACAGCUCACAGCUGGAGAGGAUCUAGGCUACCAGAGUCUGUUCUCUCUGGGGCUUACAAGCUGGCUGGUACGUCUCCUUAACUGUUCUGUCCCAUGCGCCUUAGGGCCAGGUAUUGACAGCAUGCAGCUGCUGCCAUUCUGCAUGGAGCUGGCCAGCCACAGGAAUGGCCAUGACCACUACUAACCACAGGCCUGCAGACUUUGGCUGCAUCUCCAGAGACACGCCCCAAUUUCUGGCUGCUUCUCCUCCCCAGCUGCCCAGCUGGCCCCUGCACAGGACAGAUGGUCACCAUGGGGGAGUACUACAAACUGCUGGAACUUCCCCAGGACGCCUCUGACGAGGACAUCAAAAAGGCGUACAGGAAGGCAGCAAUGAGAUGGCACCCGGAUAAAAACCCAGAGACCGAGCAAUACGCCGAGCGGAAGUUCAAAGAAAUAACGGAGGCGUAUGAAGUGCUGUCAGACAAGAGCAAGCGCGACCUCUACGACCGCUAUGGCAAGGACGGGCUCAUGGGGGCAGCAGGGCCUGGGGGAUGCAGAGCUGAAGACGGAGCCCCUGGAUUUGCUUUCAACUUUGCCAUCAUCCGUGACAUCCUCAGAGAGUUCUUUGGGGGACGAGAUCCUUUCUAUGGUGUGACUGGAGCUGAGAAAAGCAACAUGGAAGCAGCAAGGAACGAAUCCCACCCUGGAUCCGAGUCCCAUGAAGCCAGCAAUGACUUGCAUGGGGGAUAUGAGCCGCAGGGCACAUGGAAUGAGUCACAUUAUGAGUCUGAGUCUGCUCCUGGACGCAAGUCGCAUGAGGAGUGUGUGUUGUAUGAUGGGUGGAAUAACACACUAGACAGACAGGAGACGACUCCUGGAUACAAGAUGCACGAGGUGUAUACGUCGUACGAUGGAUGGAAUGAUACGCCGGACAGACAGGAGACGACACCUGGAUACGAGAUGCACGAGGUGUAUGCGUUGUAUGAUGGAUGGAAUGAUACGCCGGACAGACAGGAGACGACUCCUGGAUCCGAGAUGCACGAGGUGUAUAUGUCGUACGAUGGAUGGAAUGAUACGCCGGACAGACAGGAGACGACUCCUGGAUACGAGAUGCACGAGGCGUAUGUGUCGUACGAUGGAUGGAACGAUACAUCAGACAGAGACAAGUCAGCUGCUGUAUAUGAGCCGCAUGCUGGAUGGAGCGGGGCACAAGACAGACCUGACUCGGCUCCUGUGUAUGAGCCGCAUGCUGGAUGGAAGAAGUUGCAAGCUGGAAGCAACGCAGCAGCUGCUGGCUGGGAAGGGUCGGCUGCUGGCUGUGCCCCAGCUCCCAGAUACCUGUCACCUCGUGAGUGGAACAGGCCAGCAGCCAGCUGCACCAAGGCAGCUGACAGGAGCAGUGAGCCGGCUGCUGGGCAGAACAAGCCAGUUGCGGAUGGGAAGAGUCGACCCCCCAGUGAAACGAGGGGGCUCCCAGGUGGGAGGAGGCUGCUCCUGGGUAAAUCAAAGACGAGGCGCUCAGAUGGAAUGGACAAGCUCCUGGAGGGAAUGAAGAAGCUCCUGGACGGAACCAAGAAGCUCUUGUGUAGAUGGAGCGAGCUCCAAGGAGGACCAAGUCCAGGCCCACCAGGAGAAUCUCAGCUGUUCUCUGAAGGAGCCAGCCGGCUGCUCCCAGAAAUAAUCUGCUGGCCGCAGGCUGAAAUGAAUCGGUUACAAGGCAGAACAAGUCAGGGAUUGCAUGCAACCAGUCAGCUCCCAGAUGUCACCGGUCGACUGCAGGAUGAAACGAUACAGAUACAGCCGCUCACAGAUACAGCCAAUCCGCUCCUGAGUGCAAGACGCAGCCUGCUACAUGGAACAAACGUAAUCGGUCAGCCCCAGGGGGGAGUAAGUCGGCUCCCACACAUAACCAGUCGUCUCCUAGGCAGAACGAGCAGGUUCCCAGUCAAAAGCCACCUUGGUGUCCAGUCCUCUGAUUCCACCUGUUCCCAUAACCCCUUUAUCACCAGGCUGGGGAGAAUGCUGUGAACACCAGGAUCCACUGGGAGGGAGGUUUCCAGAGGCCGCUGGCAGAGCAGGCAAGGGGCUGUUCAGUAAAGGCUGGGACCAGAGCUCUCAGCAUCAGUCUCUUUAUUAUUCACUGAGAAGCCAGCUAAACAGGACCUGCUUCGACAGGGAUGGGAGCACUGCUCUGAGGGCCCAGGGCCUUCAGGCAAUUGUAUCAGGGGCCGCAGGGAGCUGGGGGGGCUCAACAUUGCUGCUGUUUCAUCAAGUCCUGCUCGCUGCUCACACACUAAGGUGAUGCGGGCGUAUAAGAGCCCAGAGAGCCCCUGGCUCCCCUGGUGCUGUCAGGAGGUUACAGCUCCCUGACUGCUGUGGCUCGGGGCUCUGGUUUGGCUCUCUUUGAGGGGUGCCCAGGGCACAGAGAUGCCCACGGAAAGGGGGGGCUCGUGCACAAUGCAGCAGGGGAAGGAGGGAGGGAAAUGUGGCCUUGCUGGGCUGAGGGAGGGGGGAGAGAAGAGAGGGCACAUACCUCAUGCCAAAGGCAGCUAUGACCUGAAUGCCAGGUUGGGUUGUGUGAGCAUCUGUCUGGUGACAGUCUCUGGGAUACUCUGCAGGAGACAAUUGGAUCAGAGAGCGCUGGACAGGAUGGGAGGGCCGGGGGUUUGUCCUCUCCUCCUCAUGCCCACUGGCUUCUAAAUCCAAGGAGGGCAAGAACUGAAGCCUGGAAUGACCAAGGAGAUGAAGCGUUUUCUGUGGAUCAGGCUGACGUGUUUGUGCUCUUUGGACCGAGUCCCUCUUUGUUUAUUAUCUGUCCCAAAAACUUGAUUUGAGGUCAACGGAAAACACACUUUCCUUGUUUAGGCUUAGAACUUCAUUGAGGUUUUGUUGUGCACUUACCAAGGGUUGUGCUGGAUUCUCCAUCACGGACAAGUUUUAAAUCAAGGUUGGGUGGUUUUCUAAAAGCGCUGCUCCAGGACUGAUGGUGGGGCCUGUAUUCUACAACAGGCCAGAAGAGAUGAUCACAGUGGCCCCUUCAGGCCUUGGAAUCUAUGAAGCCCAUCCCUUAGGCACUCUAACAUCCUCUUUGCUUUUUUGACCACAGCUGCACGUUAAGCAGAGGUUUACAAUGAGCUUCUGCAAUGACGCCCAGGUCUUUUCUUGGGUUGGUACAGUUAAUUCGGACCCUGUAAGGGGUGUGAGUCGCUUACAUUUCUCCCCCAUAAUGUGGAUUACUUUGCAUUUAUAAACAUUGAAUUUCAUCUGCAGUCAUCUCUCCCUUCACCCAACCUGUUCGGAUCUCUCUCAAGUUCCCCGCAGUUCUCCAUGGUCCCGAGGAACCUAAACAAUUUUGUGUCAACUGUGCAUUUUUCUGCCUCCCUAAUACAUCUAUUAAACAACAUGGGACCUAGCAUAGAGCCGUAUGCCCCUGCUGUUAGCCUUUGGCCAUGAUGAAAAUUGACCAUCGAAUCCCACUCUUCGCUUUCGGUCUCCUCGCCAGUUUUAGAGCCAUAACUGUACUUUGCCUCUCACCCCAUGACAACUUCACUUAUUAGUAGCCUCUUGUGUGGGACCUUGGCAAAGGCCUUUUGAAAUCCAAAUAAAUGAUGUCACCUGGUCGCCGUUA